AUGGAAAAUAAACUUGUGUCAAGUUGGUGGAAAAAUGUUCAAUCUUUGCCUGAGAAUUACAAGUUCCCAUUAGAACCUAUUGAUCCUUUAAAAGAUAGCACUCCAAUUAUAGAUUUAACUACUCAUGAAGAUGGAGGAUAUGCCCAACCUGCAAUACUUGAGCAAAUAAUUAAAGCCAGUCAGGAUUUCGGCUAUUUUCAGGUGAUCAACCAUGGGAUUUCAGAAAUAUUAUUGGAAGAGACCAUAGGUGUAUUAGAAGAAUUUUUUAACAUGCCAGCUGAAGAGAAAGCAAAGUACUACUACACAGGUGACCCAAAUAGCAAAUGCAAACUCUACACAAGCAGUUAUAAUUAUCAAAAUGAAGAUAAACAUUGUUGGAGGGAUACUUUAGCACAUCAUUGUCAUCCUCUCCAAGAUAACUUGCCUUUUUGGCCAGAAAAACCUACUCAUUAUCGAGAAGUUAUUAGUGCAUAUUCAAUUGAAACAAGGAAACUAAUCACAAAGAUUUUAGAUGUGAUUAGUGAAGGAUUAGGACUUGAAAAGGGGUAUUUUGGAGGUGAAUUAAGCAAAGUUCAAAUGCUAUCAGCCAACUAUUAUCCUCCAUGUCCUGACCCAAAUUUGGCACUUGGAAUGCAUAGCCAUUGUGACCCAAAUUUGUUCACAAUUUUGCUUCAAGACAGUCAUGUUUAUGGCUUACAAAUCUUCAAGGAUGGAAAAUGGAUUGCUGUUGAACCUAUUCCUAAUGCAUUUGUGCUCAUCAUUGGUUGCCAAUUACAGAUUAUCAGUAACGAUAGGCUAAAAAGUGUGAUUCAUCGAGCAGUGACAAAUUCAAAAGAAACUAGAAUUUGUGUGGGUAAUUUUGUGAUUCCUUCUUCAGAUUGUCACAUUGAACCUGCAAGUGAAUUGGUUAAAAAAACAACAAAUAUUGCAGCAUACAAAUCUUAUCAGUACAAAGAGUUCUUGCACACCUAUGAAAUAAAACAUGGAGAUUUUGAAGCUCUACUUCAAUCUUAUAAGCUCUAA